CGUCGCAAAGGGCGCCCGGGGGUUGUCGCGAUUCCCCGCCCCACCAUCACUGGCCUUCUGCCUCUCGCCACCCGGCGCGGCCGCGGGGCUGGGGCGGCGCAGACCGCGCCCCGCGUCUCUCCCGCCGCCUCCGCGCAGCCCCGGCGGUGCGAGGCAUGAAGCUGAGCAAAGCCCAGUACGAUGAGAUAGCCCAGUUCCUGGGGCACGUGCAGCCCACCCGACAGAGCCUGAGGAAGCUGAAGGAGAAGUUCCCUAGUCAAUCGCAGUCCACUCUGCUGAGCAUCUUCUCCCAGGAGUACCAGAAACAAAUCAAAAGAACACAUGCCAAGCACCACACUGCUGAAGCUAUUGAAACUUACUACCAAAGAUACCUGAAUGGGGUGAUGAAAAAUGCAGCUACCCCUGUAUUACUGGAGCUGGCCAAUGAGGUGGACUUUGCCCCAUCAUUGAUGGCUCGUAUUGUGUUAGAGAGAUUUCUACAAGAAAAGGAACAAGCCAUCCCCUCCAAAAGUCUAAUAAAUAGUAUGCUACGGGACCCUUCUCAGAUUCCAGAUGGAGUUCUAGCAACUCAAGUCUAUCAGUGUACUGUGAAUGACUGUUGUUAUGGACCACUGGUGGACUGCAUCAAACACGCUAUUGGGCAUGAGCAUGAAGUCUUGCUGCGAGAAAUGCUUUUGGAAAAAAAUCUCUCUUUCAUAGCUGAAGAUCAGCUUCGUGCAAAGGGUUAUGACAAAACACCAGACUUUAUUUUAGAAGUACCAGUAGCUGUGGAAGGACACAUAAUUCACUGGAUAGAAAGCAAAGCCUCAUUCGGUGAUGAAAGUAGCCACCAAGCCUAUUUGCAGGACCAGUUUUGGAGCUACUGGAACAGAUUUGGCCCUGGAUUAGUCAUCUACUGGUAUGGAUUUAUUGAAGAGCUGGACUGCCAUCGUGAGCGUGGUAUCCUGCUAAAAGACUGCUUUCCUACUGACAUUGUGACUCUGCGACACAGCAUGGCUCAACACUGAUGUUGGGAGGAAGAGGUACUGUAGCAUGCAAUUUUCUAGCAUUCUGAAGUCUGAAAGAACAACAUUCAGGAGUUCUCUGUGUGGGUUAUUUCUGAAAAAGUUUACCAUCCUGGUGUUCAAGAAGAAGAAUUAAAAAAAAAAAAAAAGAUGAAACAGUGCUUCAUGCUGAAUUGGUUCUACAAGACAAAUAAAACACAAAUGGACAGAAGUUUCCUGUGUACUUGUUUUCUUGUAAGAGUCUUGCUUUUUUCUUGUUGUAACCACCAAGAUCAGAAGUACGUUGAGGUGGGUGUUAGCCCUUCUUGAAGUUUUGAGUUCAGUCUCUUCUGUUUCCAUCCACAUCACCACUCAGGUUUGUGCUCUCAGUUAGAUGCUUUUUAAUGACAGCAGCUUAUUGGUUUUGACAGACUUCAAUACUCUUGUCUUUGCUGACUGGUAUUCAGGAACAGACAAUGUAUUUUAAAAAGUUAAUGAGAGUUUUGCCUAUAUGCUCAUCAUGUUCAGAUUUUCAGAGAAGCAGAGGUAUGGAUUCUGUUGUAGAAUUAAAGGUGGGAGAACAGUCUCCCUAAAGCACAAGCUGAUAACCUUUUCCAGAAGGAAAGGGUCUUUAAAACAUUACAAUGCAUAUACGUCACCAUUUUUUAGUUGAAGUGAUACUUUGUGUGCCUGUAUGAUUUCAAAAAUCACAUGCAGACUUUUUACAGUCUUGACUUGAGUUAAAAAAACAUUAAUCCUGUUCAGAAAUUUGUCAGCUAUAGUUUUCAGGUGCAUACACAGUGUUUUGAUUUUUAAUUUUUAAUUCUCACCUUAACACUUCCUGAUAAGUUUCAGACAGGAAUUUAUCAUUUUGACUAAUCUUUCAUUUUCAGGAAAAAAACUCUUUUAGUCUUCCUGUACUCUGUCUCUUGCUGCAGAGAUAAGCUAGUAUAGCUCCAUUACAGUGAGUUGUUGUUAUAUAGAGAUAUUUUCCUGGGUUUGAAUGUGUUACAGUGAAAAGAUUUAUUUAAAAAAAAAUAUUCAAACACCUGUUAUUCAUUUAUGUUCAAAUGUUUAAGGUAUUGUGCUGAUCUUAUUUUAUCUGACCAGCUUUAAGGAUCUGGCCAUAAAGAUACACAGAAGCUGCAUUUAGGGUGUUGCUGCCCCUGGGACUUCUAACUGUGGUUUUGGUUGGUGGCAUAUGUAAAAUUAGGAAGAGAAUGAAAAAGAAGAAAUAACAGAAUAUUAUCAUACUAGAAAAUUCAGAAGUAAUGGUUGUCUGAGUGAAAUGGGUUUUAAAGGCAAACUGAAUUUGUUUUAGCUACUGCAUAUGCUUUCUGUUGUAUGAAAUAAUUUAAAUCAGCUUUUACAUGAUGCACUAAUGCUGCUUUUUCUUUUUGAAUAAAUUAAAUUUAUCUGCACAGAUGUUGAAAAUUCUGCUCAACCUCCAUCAAAGCUUUGCUUUAUUUGUUCUUAUGUUAAACAAAUUUAUGUGGAGACACACAGAUAAAUCAGGUUAGGCUUAUAUUUGUUUAUUUAUUCCUCUACUUAAUGCUGUGACAUAACAGGUUGGAAAGCAGUACAGCUGUCUUUAAUCAAAGCUUUAACCUCACCUUCAUAUAUUGCCCACUUUAGGAAUCUUUGUAUUAGAAUGAGGAUGAAAUAAGCCACAAAAGUGUAUGUAUUGUACAAAUUCCAUUACAUGCUAUCAAAAAAGCUUUGCCACCACGAAAACUAUGCUGUGUCACUAUUUUAAAUGAUGAAGGCAAAAAUAGUAAAAAAAAUUAGGACUAUUUUGUUAUUCCUACUUGUGUAUUAUAUAAUCCUUUGGAUAUUUUCUCUGUUUAUCAGGUGUAAACAUCAACUUUAAUAUUAAAGAGGAGAAACUGCUCUUUGUGAGA